CCGGCCCGGCCGGCAUGAGGCUGAGCCGGGCGGCCGUGCUGGCACAGGCCAAGGCGGCCGCGCUCGACGGCGUCCGCCGCCUCAACUGCUGGGGCAGCCACCUGACGGAUAUAUCCAUAUGCCGGGAUUUGCCCAACAUCGAGGUGAUCACGUUCAGCGUGAACGGCAUCUCGGACCUCGAGCCGCUGCACCAGUGCCAGAACCUGAGCGAGCUGUACCUGAGGAAGAACAACAUCACGAGCCUGGAUGAGCUGUUCUACCUGAAGACGCUGCCGCGGCUGCGGGUGCUGUGGCUGGCAGAGAACCCCUGCUGCGGGCCCGACCCCCACCGCUACCGCAUGACCGUGCUGCGCAACCUGCCCAGCCUGCAGAAGCUCGACAACCAGGCUGUGACAGAGGAGGAGCUGUCGCAGGCGCUGGUGGAUGGCGUGGAGAUCACAGCCCCGCCGGCCCGCAGGAGUGUGGAGAACGGCUGGUCCGAGUCCACCGCGUCCAGCGCCGCCGGAUCCACCACGGAGCUGCUCAGCUGCAGCCUGGACGAGACAAACAAAACUCAGGAGGAGCUUGAUAUGAAGCCUGUUUCCAGGGAUAAAUAUUCAUCCUUUUCCACUCAAGAGUCAGAUUGCAGCUGCAAGAAGAGAAACAAUGUCCUGAAUGCCAUCCUGCUUCUCAUGAAGGAACUGGACGCAGAGGGGCUGGAGAUCAUCCAGCAGACGGUGGCCAGGAGGCUCCAGAAGAAGGAGCUGCAGGAAGAGUGACAACGCCCAUCCCCUUUCCAAGCUCCCUGCAGCCCCAGCCCCGCGGCGCUGUCCUGCCCACACAUCCCUGGCUGCAGCCAAAGCCUCGGUGCUCCCAGCUCUGCUUCCCAUGCCAGGGCAUGGGAUGGGAUGCUCCUUUUCCAGAGAUUUCCUGCCUGUGCAGCAGGCUCUGACACUGUGUCCUGUGUGGCUGGGGCUCUUGGUGGGAGCUGCAGGCAAGUCAGCAAAGCAGAAAGGAAGAAGGCUGCAGCCAGAGGUGCUGUGAUCCGAGGGGGAGCAGAGCCUGCUGCUGGCUGGAAAGGUCUCUGCCCCUCAGCCAGCCUGGGGGUACACAGCACCUCUGAGGGCAGCUUGUAGCACAGAGAUUUGGUUUGGUGAAGUCUGACAGGGAGAUACUGCCUGAGAUGGUCACUGGCUGGUGCAGGUGGUGAAGGUCAAUGUCCUGUUAUUAAUUUAUUUUCCAGCCCUGGCUGACUUCCUCAGGUCCUUCCUGGUGCAUGCUACGCCUGCUGUGGUGGUCAGGCAGCCAAAGGAAAGCUCAGAGCAGCCUAGGUGAACCAGGAACGACUCCCACAUCCUGAAUGCUCAGCUGUCCUGUUCUCUCACCCCAACAUUCCCUGCAGGCAUUAGAGCAGCUUAAGGAAACAUUCCAGUUAAAAGGCCCUGAGCAUUCUGCCUGCUUUGCACAGGCAUCAGGGGUGGGUGUUGCUCUUUAACUGAUAAAACUGCAUUUUCCAAGUUUCAUAGAGCUGUUAAGUACAAACUAAACUGUUGUGACAUACCAAAUAAACCCAAUUAUCCCUCAA